UUGUUUCGUAUAAAUCCAUUUCAUUUAGUAGAUUCGUCUCCUUGGCCAAUUGUUAGUUCUUUUGGUGCAAUAUUUACUGCUUUUAGGUUAGUAAUUUGGUUUCAUUUAGGUACAAUCAGAAACUUGUAUUUCAGAUUGUUAAUUAUUGUGGGUGUAAUAUUUAUGUGGUGACGGGAUGUAGUUCGGGAGUCGACCAUUUUGAGAUUCCAUGUAUUAAUAGUAAUAAAAGGAUUACGUAUCGGGAUAAUCUUAUUUAUUACUUCUGAGGUUUUAUUUUUUUUUGGGUUUUUUUGGACAUUUUUUCAUUCAGGUUUAGUUAGGACCGUAGAAAUUAGGAUGGCAUGGCCGCCCUUUAUGUUGGAGGCUUUAGACCCGUUAGCCGUCCCAUUAUUAAAUACCGUUGUUCUUUUAAGUAGCAGAGUAAGUGUGACUUAUUCUCAUUAUAGUGUGGUUAGUGGACAAUUGUCCGACGGACUGGCUAGGCUUAUUAUUACUUUAUUUUUAGGUGUAUUUUUUACUAUAUUGCAGGUAUUUGAGUAUUUUCAGACUGCUUUUACUAUUGCUGACUCAGUUUACAGGAGUAUUUUCUUUAUGGCCACGGGAUUCCAUGGGUUCCAUGUAUUUGUUAGGAGUGUUUUUUUAGGAGUAUGUUUAGUUCGUAUAUGAAUAGGUCAUAUUAUUAGUGAUCAUCAUGUUAGGUAUGAAUGUGCAAUUUGAUAUUGGCAUUUUGUUGAUGUAGUUUGAAUUUUUCUUUAUACUUUUGUUUACAUGUGAAGAAGGUAA